GAUCAUAUCGAUUUGAGAGCUCAUCCCCCUCUUUUAAACAGCCUCAGAGGCUCAGAGCUUUGGAGAGUUCAUAGGAAGAGAGAGAGAGAGGUGAAAGCAGGAAAGAUAAAGAGAGAAAGUAACUCAUGGUUUCUAGGGAGCACAAGAAAGCAGCACUGCAUGAGAAGCUGCAACUACUUCGUUCCAUUACCAACUCUCAUGCUCUAAACCAAACCUCAAUCAUAGUAGAUGCAUCAAAGUAUAUCGAAGAGCUAAAACGGAAAGUGGAAAUAUUGAAUCAAGAUAUAGCGACUGCACAAUCCUCUAGUGAUCACCCAAACCCAAUGCCUGGGCUACAGGUUAUGGUAGAAGCCCUAGAGAAGGGCUUCCUAAUAAAUGUGUUAUCAGAGAAGAGUUGCCCAGGCCUGCUUGUCUCCAUAUUGGAAGCCUUUGAAGAACUGGGUCUUAAUGUUCUGGAAGCUAGGGUGUCUUGUGCAGAUAAUUUCCGGUUACAAGCAGUGGGAGGAGAUAAUGAAGAACAAGCCGAAAGCAUUGAUGCUCAGGUGGUGAAACAAGCAGUGGUGCAGGCUAUUAAGAACUGGAGUGGAAGUACUGAACAAGACUAGUAAUUAAGCAUCCGGUGUUAUAUAUAUAUAUAUAUAUAUAUCUCUUUCCCCUUUACAAUCUUCCAUUUUCUUCCUUGUUGUAAGUGCAUGGCGAGCUUCUAAAAAAUGAGUUGGAAGUUGGUUUGAAGAUCACAAACAAGUACCAAGAAAAGAAAUGACUCUUGGUUUACCAAAAUUUUCUAGCAGCGAGCAGGCGAAUCUUGGCUGAGAUGACUCGUUGUCAUGUGCUUAUAGUUUUGGUUUGUAGGCAGGGCUUAUAUAUUUGCUUAAAUUCCAUAUAUUUCAUUAAUCUGCCUUCUACUUUAA